AUGGCUAAUCUGCUAGACUCCCUACUCUUACUCCUUACAUUCUUCUCCACUCUCUGUCUCGCGCACUCCCCCAAUCUUCGCGAAAUCUACAGAUUCCCAAAUGCGACCUGGGUCGAGAACAUCGCAGUCCGACCAAACGGCAACCUCCUCGUCGCGGAUCUGAGCACAGCAGAGCUCUGGGAAAUUGACCCUUCAACUCCCGGCUCAGCCCAUCUAGUCUACCAUUUCGACGGCGCCGAAGAUGCAGAUGGCAUCACAGAGCUUUCACCAGAUAUCUAUGCGGUGAUUGCAACCAACUCAGUCUGGACGAUCGAUCUCACAAGCGAUGAAACCGCGCCCAAGGCAACCCUUAUCGCGAAACUCCCCGCUGGUGCUUUGAACGGAAUUGCUGCUCUAGAUGAAGGAAACGCAGUCGCUCUCACCGAUUCCUCGCUUGGCGUCAUAUGGUAUCUCAAUAUCCGUACCGGGGCCUACGAGGUGAUCCACCAAGACGAGACAAUGGCCGCAAAUACAGACAUGGGACUGUUGCUUGGGGUCAACGGGUUGAAGGUAGUGAAUGAUUAUAUGUAUUACACCGACAGCCCGAAGCAGAUUUUCUGUCGUGUGCGAAUUGAUACACAUACUGGCCGUGCUUUGGGGCCUUAUGAGGUUAUCAGCCGCAAUACACUGGGUGAUGACUUUGUUAUUGGCCCGCAUGGGGUUGCAUAUUUGGCGGGUCUUGUUGGCAAUGUGGUUCUCAAGGUCUAUCCUAAUGGUGACCAUGAGGUUAUUGCGGGUUCGGCGAACUCGACGGAUUUGAUGACUGCCACGUCCACGGCCUUUGGGAGGACAUACAAGGAUCGCAAUGUUCUGUAUAUCACUACUGGAGGGGAGAGCAGGCUUCCUGGGAAUGACACGAGUAUCAGAGGGGGGAAGAUUAUGGCGCUUACUGUGGAGUUUUAG